UUCUUCAUUUCUAUUGAAUCUCAGAGUUGGCCGUGACGCGCGGCCCAGGGGAAGACCACAUAGAUGUCACCAGAAUGCUACGACUAUCGAGGUUUCAUACCCGACAACUUGUGUAUGGAAAUCACUUCGCGAAGCUCGCUUUUUGAGAGAAACUUACUUUUUUAAGAGACACGGUGAAUGCGGUGAAAGCGGUGGAGACCUCCGGAUCACGAAAUGUUGGGAUGGAAGGCGCAGACUUUGACUCGCCGUCUCCAACAGGAGUAUGAAGUCCUACUUCACGGGUGUGAGAUCUCCGAGAGUGAAACUCUGUUCUCUUGGGAUAUCGCUACACGCUUUCGGAGAAAUACUAUAAAGUGGGAAACCAUAUCGCUGUCCCCGCAACAUGGCCUCGGCUGGUAAUGCGCCCUCCGAGCAGGAAAACAGAGACCCCGAUCGGCCGAGGAUAACGCGGAGGAACAGGGGGGACUAUACCCGCAACACACCGCUGGAUUUGGAGUAUUUGCAGCGGCCGAGUUACUGCGAUGCGGGCUUUGCUCUGGAGCAGAUUUCAGAGGGGAAGGCAACUGGGAGGAAAGCACCUCUGUGGCUGAGAGCGAAGUUCCAGAGACUUUUAUUUAGGCUGGGCUGUUACAUUCAAAAGAACUGCGGAAAGUUUUUGGUUGUUGGCCUCAUGAUUUUUGGAGCUUUUGCUGUGGGCUUACGGGCAGCUAAUUUGGAAACGGAUGUGGAGAAACUCUGGGUGGAAGUUGGCGGGCGUGUGAACCAGGAACUCAAGUAUACAAGACAGAAGAUAGGCGAGGAGGCCAUGUUUACCCCUCAGCUGAUGAUCCAGACGCCGCGGGAGGAGGGAGCCAAUGUUCUAACUGUGGAGGCGCUCCUGCAGCACCUGGAGUCAGCUAUCCGAGCCAGCAGAGUUCAUGUUUACCUUUAUAACAGACAAUGGAAAUUAGAAGACUUAUGCUACAAAUCAGGGGAAGUAGUCACAGAAACACAUCACCUGAAUCAGAUCAUAGAAAGGCUACAUCCCUGCCUCAUCAUCACACCUUUGGACUGCUUCUGGGAGGGGGCUAAGCUCCAGCCUGGAACAGGCUAUCUCCCAGGCAAAGGACUUGUGCAGUGGACCAAUUUUGACCCUAAGGAAUUCCUUGAGGAGUUGCCACAGCAAAACCACGUGGAAAUCUUUGAGGAGAUGUUAGAAAAAGCGGACAUUGGGCAUGGCUACAUGGAUAGACCCUGCCUGAACCCAGCCGAUCCUGACUGCCCCCGCACCGCGCCCAAUAAGAACUCGACUAAGCCAUUCGAUGUGGCACGGGCUCUGAGUGGAGGCUGCCAUGGUCUGGCCAGGAAGUACAUGCACUGGCAGGAGGAACUGAUUGUUGGAGGGACCACCAAGAAUGGCAGCGGACCCCUGCUCAGUGCCCAGGCCUUGCAGACCAUCUUCCAGCUGAUGACUCCCAAGCAGAUGUUUGAGCACUUUCGGGGCUACGAUGAGGUUUCCCACAUCAACUGGAAUGAAGAAAAGGCUGCAGCUAUACUUGAAGCCUGGCAGAGGCGGUACUCUGAGGCGGUGCAGCACAGCGUGUCAGCAAACUCGUCUCAGAAGGUCUUAUCUUUCACAACCACCACUCUGGAAGAUAUUCUCAAGUCUUUUUCGGACAUAAGUGUUAUCCGCGUGGCCAGUGGGUACCUUCUGAUGCUGGCCUAUGCAUGCCUGACCAUGCUGCGAUGGGACUGUGCCAAGUCUCAGGGGGCUGUGGGGCUGGCAGGUGUCCUCCUGGUGACGUUGUCAGUGGCAGCUGGUUUGGGCCUCUGCUCCCUCCUGGGCAUUUCCUUCAAUGCUGCCACUACGCAGGUGCUUCCCUUUUUGGCUCUGGGAGUUGGAGUAGAUGAUGUGUUUCUCCUCGCCCAUGCCUUCAGUGAGACCGGGCAAAACAAGAGGAUCCCAUUCGAGGAUCGCACGGGGGAGUGUCUGAAGAGGACAGGGGCCAGUGUGGCCCUUACCUCCAUCAGCAACGUCACAGCAUUCUUCAUGGCAGCGCUCAUCCCCAUCCCAGCGCUCAGAGCCUUUUCUCUACAGGCUGCAGUGGUGGUGGUGUUUAACUUUGCCAUGGUACUGCUCAUCUUUCCUGCCAUCCUCAGCAUGGAUCUCUAUCGGCGAGAGGACAGGCGUUUUGACAUUUUCUGCUGCUUCUACAGCCCUUGUUCCAAUCGUGUGAUUCAGAUAGAGCCACAGGCGUACCUGGAUGGGACAGAAGGGAGUCGCUACAGCCCUUCCCCGCCAUAUCGUACCCCUCCUCCCUCAUAUCACAUGCCUCCCCCAAGCUACAGCAGUCCCCCUCCUUCCUACAGUAGCCAUGGUUUUGCUCAGCAGACCCAAAUCACUAUGCAGUCCACAGUGCAGCUCAGGACGGAGUACGACCCCCGAACUCAGGCCUUCUACACCACAGCUGAGCCCAGAUCCCAAAUCUCUGUGCAGCCCAUCAACCCAGCUCCAGCUAGGACCAACCGUAACAACGAGUAUUACAGUAGCAGCAAUCACGCCAACAUCAGCAACAACAACAACAGUGGGGGCUUGAAUAAUGGGGGGUCUCGAGGUUCUGCCAGCUUCUCCCAUCAUCAUCAUCCCGCACCUCCUCCUGCUGCAUCGACCCCAAGUGCUAGCUCAGUUGCUCAGGGUGAUGGAGCCUCAUCGACUGGCCAGAGUCCAGAGAACAACAGCUCCACACGGGACCUGUUGUCCCAGAUUGGAGAAGCCUCACUGGGCCUACGCUGCCUCAAGCCCCCCUGCUCGCGCUGGACCCUGGCCUCUUUUGCUGAGAAGCACUAUGCGCCAUUCCUUCUGCAGCCCACCACCAAGGUGGUUGUGAUUGUGCUGUUCCUCUGCCUGCUGGGAGUCAGUUUAUACGGGACCACCCAAGUGAGGGACGGCCUGGAGCUGACAGAUAUUGUACCAAGGGAGACAAGCGAGUACGACUUUCUCGGCGCCCAGUUCAAGUUCUUCUCCUUCUACAACAUGUAUGUGGUAACACAGCGCGCCGAUUAUGCCCAAAACCAGCCACUGCUUCACCAGCUCCACCAGAGGUUCCACACCAUUCGCUACGUGCUGAAGGAGGAAAAUGGACAGCUGCCUCGCAUGUGGCUUCAUUACUUCAGGGACUGGCUGCAAGGUCUCCAGCAGGCUUUUGACAAGGACUGGGAGGCUGGCCGCAUCACCCACAACAAUUAUAGGAAUGGCUCUGAUGAUGGCGUCCUAGCAUAUAAACUCUUGGUGCAGACAGGGCGCAGGGACAAGCCCAUCAACUUCAACCUGCUGACUCGCCAGAGGCUUGUGGAUGCAGAUGGGAUCAUCAAUCCCGGAGCUUUUUACAUCUACCUAACAGCUUGGGUCAGCAAUGAUCCUGUGGCCUAUGCUGCCUCACAAGCUAACAUUCGUCCACACCCUCCUGAGUGGCUCCACGACCAUACCGACUCCAUGCCCGAGACACGCCUCAGCAUCCCGGCUGCUGAGCCCAUCGAAUACGCACAGUUCCCCUUCUACCUCAACGGGCUCCGGGAGACGCCGCAGUUUGUGGAAGCCAUCGAGAGCGUACGGGCCAUCUGCAGCAACUACAGCCGACAAGGCUUGCCCUCCUACCCCAACGGCUACCCUUUCCUGUUCUGGGAACAGUAUGUUAGUCUACGCCACUGGCUUCUGCUGUCCAUCAGUGUGGUGCUCGCCUGCACCUUUCUCGUCUGUGCCCUUUUUCUGCUCAACCCUUGGACCGCUGGCAUUAUAGUGUUGGUGCUUUCUCUCAUGACUGUGGAGCUGUUUGGCUUCAUGGGGCUGAUGGAAAUUAAGCUGAGUGCCGUCCCUGUUGUCAUUCUCAUCGCCUCUGUGGGCAUUGGAGUGGAAUUCACUGUCCAUGUGGCCCUGGCAUUCCUGACAGCCAUAGGGGAUCGUCACAAGCGGGCAGUGCUGGCACUGGAGCACAUGUUUGCACCGGUGCUCGACGGCGCCUUUUCCACGUUUUUAGGCGUCCUGAUGCUCGCAGGCUCUGAGUUUGACUUUAUUGUCAGGUACUUCUUUGCAGUGUUAGCCAUCCUAACAGUUCUUGGGGUACUGAAUGGAUUAGUCCUGCUCCCAGUAUUACUAUCAUACUUUGGACCUUAUCCAGAGGUAUCACCAGUUGAUGGUCGCAGCCGGUUACCAACCCCAUCUCCAGAGGCCCCUCCUCAUGUGGUCCACUUCUCAGUCCGUCCUCACCACACCACUGCAGCCACCACCACCUCUGGUGCAGUUUCAGACUCAUCAGACUCAGAGUACAGCUCAAACACCACAGCAUCUGGUAUCAGCCAGGAGCUGCAAAAUUCUAACCUGCACUCACACAGAGGACAAGCUCGAGCAGACGAGCAGCAGUACCACCUCCAGAUCAGCAGGGGAAGAGCCAGGACAGAGGAGAUGAGGAGGGGAGCAUCAGGACAUCGGCGCUCAGCUAGACAGCCUGACCCUCCAGCUUAUACUGUGUCCUCGGGUUGUGAUCCUGGGAUGCAGAAUGGAACUACUCCAAACAGCAGCAGGGACCCCAAGAGCCAGGUGCACUGGCAGGGCCCGCCCCCAGCCCUGCCGCGCAUGGACGCUUUUGAAACUGCUACUGAGGCUGGGGGCCAUUAUGGCUCACAUAGCCAUAGAGAACACUCAACAGGCCACAGAAGCCGCUCUUCCCACAACCCACAACCUAGUCAUCACCUCCCGCACCAACACCUCAACCCUACUCCAUAUGGCCAACCCAUCACCACGGUGACAGCAUCGGCCUCAGUCACCGUCGCAGUUCACCCACCCCCUUUGUCCAGCCAGACCCCUGCUUCCACUUACCCAGGAUACGCUGCAGCAGACAGUUACUGCCAGUCAGGGACAGAGGGGCCAGAGCCUGCCUUCCAGGACCCACAUGUGCCUCUCUACACCCACACAGGUACCAGGGGAGUCAAAGUAGAGUCCAUGGAGCUCCAAGAUUUGGAGUUUGAGGCAGCUGAGAGCAACAAUGGCAGACGGGCUAGCUGAGGUCUGGAGAAUAGAAGUACUAUGGCCAAAGAUGGACUCUUCGGUAUUACUGAGCAGCUGACCCAGUCUGGCCCAACCCAGCCCAGCAUAGCCCAAGUUGGCUCACCACCAAUGCUAAGCAGCGAGAAACUUGCCAGUGUUCCCAUAAUGGUGCUCAUUCUUACUGUAACCCAGUGGACUAUUGUCUUAGAUAUUUCUAUCUAUAUUUAAAAGAUGUAUACAUAUGUAAAUAUGAACAUAAAGUAGGUAUAAUAUUAGGAGCUGUACAACUCCUCAUGUUAACAAACUGGGGCUGCCAUAUUAUUUGUGGUGUGUACAUGCAUGUGUGUUUAUGUUGGUGUGUGCGUGCGUGUGUUUGUGUGCGUGCAAGAGAUAGAUAGAUCUCUGAUUACUGUCGACCUAUCUGUGGAUCUGUGCCAUUAGAAAACUUCAUUUUGGCAAAAAUCAUCUGUCAGCAUUCACUGCUGCUGCUGAGAAUAUUUUUUAAGUGAUAUACAUUUAUAACUCUAUGCAAAUCUCUCUUUAAACAAAAGAAGAGAUCUAUCUGUGUGGGUGUGGGUGUGUGUGUGUGGGUGUGGGUGUGUGAUAGGAGUGUGUAGGGCUGUAUAAUGUGAAACAGCAUCAUAAUUUUCUGGCUUACACAUCAGAUACAUCCUCAGAACUGACUAACAUUUAAACUCAUUUAAAACAUGAAGGAAAGUGUUAGAAUCAUCAAACAAAG